AAAAAUAUGGUUUCUUUAUUUAUUAGAAAAGUAUAUGUAAUGUAAAAAAAGAGUUAUGUUGCAAAUAUACAAAUAAUGUGCAUUGAGUUUGGUUCAUGAACAAAUUCAAUGCAUUCAAAAACACAAAAUUGAGAUCUUUAUUAAAAUAUAUAUUAGGUACCGAAAGAAAAGUAGGAGAAAGAAAUUGUGAUGAAAGGCAAUCCUAAUUGCAUGCCAAAAGUAGAACCCCCAAACUUUUCUGCUUUAAUUAUAUGAACACAUCCCAAACCAGUUACGUUUUAGCAUAGAUUUUAAUAAAUUCCAACUCAAAUGAUAUAAUGAGUUAAGAAAGUAAGUCUAAAAGGUGGACCCAGAGAUGGAGGAUCCAAGUGGCAGAGCCAGUACCCACAAUCAUGGUCAGUCAAAAACCCAAUGUGCCCAUUUCACGUGCCAAACUGCCCCAAGCGUGGGCUGUUGAGCUAGAAAGUGAAGACCUUUUUAUUGUACUCGGGCCGACAGACCCAACCCUACCCAUAUAAAGCGAUCAGAUCCAUCUCAAACACACAAAACUAAAGGUUAAGGUCCACUUAAGACCCCCCACCACCACCCCUUACUCACGUGCGACCCUAAUUAUUACAUGCAUCCUCAUCCCCAAAAAGAAAAAAUAAAUAAAGAAGGAAAAGUCAAUAUUAAUAAAAUAAUUAGUAAUUUACAUAAAGUUGAGGGGGAAAAAUGUGAAAUCCUUUUUAAUCAUGGAAAUGAGCACAAAGGAGCCACUCAUUAUCCCAUAACGUGAUCCGUUAUGUUCCCUCGCUUUUGGCUCUUCUAUAACGGAUAUCUUGAUCACUCAUUUUACUAACACACCCUUUAUUUUUUUGAUUAUUUACCUCUAGUCAUGGUGGUGUGGAUUCUGAAAUACGAGAAAGAAGGGGUGUAAGAAGGUCAUUUCACAGAAUUCAACGUGGUUGUUUAGUCAUUCUGCAUGGUAAGUUGGGGUCUAUUGGUAAUUUGGGCUUGUGUGGGUUGUUUAUAUAUAGGCACCAACAUCCGAAUCCAUGAUAGGACUGAAGCCUGUUUUCCAUGGAAGAGGAGGAUCAGAAAGAACUCCAGCUACUCCCAUCUCAACACUCUAUAGCUUCCUCAUCACACAUGUCAUCCAGGCCGAUGGAUUCUCCUCUGAAGUUCCGAUCAGCGGUGUCCGAUCAAUUCGAAGCGCCAUCACUGGACCUACAACUAUCAAUCAGCUUAAGCCCAAUUCAACAACCAAAGAACUGCCGCUUUACAGGAUCCAUAUGCGAAUACAGCGAUGCCCAGGCGGCAGAAGCAAGCAGCGUAGAGGCCUUGAAGUGGCAAGCAGCGGAGCAAAUUCGCCUAGCGGCCAUUGAAAAGGCUUACGCAGAGAGAGUUAGAGAGCUUACAAGGAGGGAGAUGGAGUUGGCGCAAUCGGAGUUUGCACGAGCAAGGAAUAUGUGGGACAGAGCAAGAGAAGAGGUCGAGAAAGCGGAGAGAAUGAAAGAGAGAGCGACCAGACAGCAGGUUGAUUCUACCUGCAUGGAGAUCACUUGCCAGGCUUGCAGGCAAAGGUUCCGUCCUUAGAAGGAUGGAGAGAAGAACAUUUGGGUGUGGACUCAAAGUUGUAUUGAAUUAUUUUUCGGUAUUGGAUUUGUGCAAUGUUGAACUGAACAAUAACAGAUGUGGAAUAAGAUAGUAGAGAUUAAUGUUAUUUGCUAUAACUAUGCU